GGUCAGAGACUGCAGACAUGGUACAGGAGAUGGUCAGAGACUGCAGACAUGGUACAGGAGAUGGUCAGAGACUGCAGACAUGGUACAGGAGAUGGUCAGAGACUGCGGACAUGAUACAGGAGAUGGUCAGAGACUGCAGACAUGAUACAGGAGAUGGUCAGAGACUGCAGACAUGAUACAGGAGAUGGUCAGAGACUGCAGACAGGAUACAGGAGACGGUCAGAGACUGCAGACAUGAUACAGGAGAUGGUCAGAGACUGCAGACAUGAUACAGGAGAUGGUCAGAGACUGCAGACAGGAUACAGGAGACGGUCAUAGCCUGCAGACAGGAUAC